AUGUCGGACCCGCGGGCUUACACCAUCGGCUGGAUCUGUGCGCUCACCACCGAGUCGGUCGCCGCCCGAGCCUUCCUCGACGAAGAGCACGACCCACCGAACCACGUUUCCCAGCACGACAACAACAGCUACGUCCUCGGCAAGAUCGGCUAUCAUCACGUCGUUAUUGCUGUCCUGCCAGAUGGGGAGUAUGGCACAACUUCCGCGGCGGCAGUAGCACGGGAUAUGCUUCACAGCUUUCCGAAUGUGCGCAUCGGGCUGAUGGUGGGCAUCGGGGGCGGCGUGCCUAGCUUGACGCAGGACAUACGGCUCGGUGAUGUGGUGGUCAGUAGUCGCGAUGGCGGCAAGGGUGGUGUGUUCCAAUACGACUUUGGCAAGACAAUUCAGAACCAAGCGUUUAAAGAAACGGGGUUCUUGGACCAGCCCCCGAUGGUGCUACGAACAGCCGUCAGCACUCUCAAAGGUACAUACGAGUUGAGGGGCCACCAGCUUGUGGACAAGGUAGAUAAGGCCUUGGAAGGCAUCAAGAAACGAAAGAAGUACAGGCGGCUUGCUCCAACAACUGACAGAUUGUAUAAUUCCGAUGUUGUUCACCCAGCGACAACUAGCGGUUGCGAUAUCGUGUGCGAUACAACAUACCUCGUGCAUCGUGCCGCAAGGGAUGAAGAAGACGACGACCCCGCCAUCCACUACGGUCUGAUUGCCAGCGGAAACCAACUGAUGAAGGAUGCUCAUAUCCGGGACAUGUUAGCCGCCGAGAAAGGCAUCCUCUGCUUCGAGAUGGAGGCAGCCGGCCUGAUGAACCACUUCCCAUGUCUCGUGAUCCGUGGGAUCUGCGACUACUCGGACUCGCAUAAGAACAAAGAGUGGCAAGGAUUUGCAGCUAUGAUGGCAGCAGCGUAUGCGAAGGACCUUCUGCAGCAGAUCCCACCUAAUAAGGUCGAUGCAGAGAUGCCACUUGCCAAGGCUCUUAGUGAUAUUGCAACAAAAGCCGCAGCUGAGUCUAUUCAAUCUGGCCUUCAUACUGAGGAGAUGAGACGUUGGCUUCAUCCCCCAGAUCCAUCUACAAACCUUAUUUACGCAAGGAAGCUCCGCCAUGAAGGCACAGGCGCAUGGCUCCUGAAAGCCCCGAUAUUCCAAUCGUGGGAAGGAGGAUCGCACCGACAUCUGUGGCUGCAUGGGCUUGCCGGGUGUGGCAAGACGGUUCUGAGUGCGACGGUUCUAGACCAUCUAAUGGAGGAAAACUACGGCCUUAUCCUCAGUUUCUUCUUUGACUUUAAUGACACAACAAAGCAGACUUUGGAUGGUAUGCUGCGGUCACUUGCGUCACAGCUGUAUCGGGGCCGGGCUGGUUCCGCGGGCCCUCUUGACACGUUAUUCCAAGCACACGGAAAGGGCCACAACCAACCUACCACGAAGGCGCUCGAGGAUAUUGUUUGUGAGAUGCUUAUGGCUCAGAAGGUCGCAUGCAUCGUACUAGACGCCUUGGAUGAGUCGACGACAAGGGAUGAACUCCUGUCCUGGAUCAGAAACAUGGCGUCUAGGCCUGAGUUGGGGCACGUUCACAUGCUUUACACCAGUCGGCCUGAGUCGGAGUUCCUACACGAAAUUCCCACUUUGAUAGAGAAGGAACACUGCGUAUCACUCGAUAAGCAGGCCGUCAAUGCCGACAUUCGGUCCUAUGUCACAGCACAACUUUUGCAACGACGUGAUUUCCGGGACAAACACUUGCCACAAGAUCUUCUAGAACAGAUCCGAACGAGGAUUGGGGACGGAUCGGACGGGAUAUGGGCGUUCUGUCAGUUAGACAGUCUCGCUAGAUGUUAUCACCAAGCAGCCAUUAAAAAGACUUUAGUAUCCUUGCCACGGAAUCUGAACGAGACAUACCGGCGCAUGAUCGAAAGCAUACCAAUAGAACUAAAGAGCGAUGUUCUUGUGCACUCUAAAUGGCCACUUAAGCUAGCCGAGGCCAAAGAGGUAAUUGCAACGCAGAUAGAAGGCGACUCGCAAGGGUUUGAUGUCAAUCGUCGUCUGUAUUCCGACGAAAACGUUCUUGCCUACUGUCCCGGGUUGGUGACGGUCAUCGGUGCUUGGGAUAAGGAACUACAUCUUGCCUAUUUUUCCGUUAAAGAGUACCUUCUCGGAGAGAGUCAGUUCAAGAUUACGACCGCCAGCAUUCCAAUCGUGAGGAUGUGCUUGACUUAUCUUAUGGAUAUUAGCGGUUGUAGCUAUAGAAAAAUGAAGCGGGGUUUUCUAAUGGGAAAAUAUGCGGCGGAAGUCUGGACAGGCUACGCCGUGUUAGCCCAGUCUUCAGAGGACGUACCUGAUAGAGAUUGGGAUAAUCACCUAGGCCCUCCACGGGGUUCCAGGCUCUACUAUACUUACUUUGAUGGGCUUAUAGCGGCUAUAUAG